ACACUCAUGUGAUGACUUUGCUUCUACUCUGAGGGUAAAAUAGUAAUUCGCCAUAGCCAUAUCAUUGUGAAUGAAAAUAACAAAUGCAAAUAAAUUUCCGUCAACUCCACGUCUCUUCUCCGAUCUCUACCUUCUUCCCUUAUCCAAAAAACCCUCAGAAUUCCACUCCCUAAAGUUUCAAUUUCGUCUGUUAAACCCCUAAAUUUGACCCUUUUUUCUGAAAGACGUCCUUCAAAAUCUGCAAUUGGUUGUUGUGGUAUUGGCGAUGUUAUUAGAGGAGCUGGUGAAGUCAAUUGAGAUGUGGUUGAAGCUAAUCAAGAAGCCUCAAGAGUACAUUGACCCGACUCUUGACCCGGUUCUGUUAGUUCCGGGUAUUGCCGGGUCGAUCCUUAACGCUGUUGAUAAGAAAACGGGUCGGACCGAGCGGGUUUGGGUCAGGAUACUUGGUGCUGAUCAUGAGUUUUGUGACAAGUUGUGGUGUCGUUUUGACCCUAAAACUGGUAAAACUGCAAAUUUAGAUCCUGACACAAGUAUUGAGGUCCCGGAAGACAGAUAUGGACUAUAUGCUAUUGAUAAUUUGGAUCCUGACAUGAUUAUUGGGUCUGAUUGUGUGUAUUAUUUCCAUGAUAUGAUAGCUGAGAUGCUCAGCUGGGGUUACCAAGAAGGAAAAACACUUUUUGGGUUUGGCUAUGAUUUCCGCCAAAGCAACAGGCUUCAGGAAACAAUGGAGAAUUUUGCUCAAAAGCUAGAAUCCAUACAUACUGCAUCAGGAGGCAAAAAGAUAAACAUCAUUAGUCAUUCUAUGGGUGGUCUUCUGGUUAAAUGUUUCAUGGCUCUCCACAGUGAUAUCUUUGAAAAGUAUGUGAAGAAUUGGAUUGCAGUAGCUGCACCAUUCCAAGGCGCACCUGGGUAUAUUACCUCUGCAUUAUUGAAUGGAACGUCAUUUGUGCAUGGGUGGGAAGAGAGGUUUUUCAUAUCAAAAUGGAGUAUGCAUCAGCUGUUGAUUGAGUGUCCGUCAAUAUACGAAUUAAUGGGGUGUCCUGAUUUCCAAUGGGAACAUCCGUCAGUUUUAGAAAUUUGGAAGGAAAAAUCUAACAGCAAUGGAGAAUCCACCGUUGUACUUGAGUCUUACUCUCCAAUGGAAGCUGUAUCAGUGUAUGAGCGAGCUCUUUCAAACAACAAGGUUAAUUAUAAUGGUGAAAAAAUUUCUUUGCCAUUCAAUCUGGAACUUUUGAAGUGGGCUAACAAGACCCGAGAGAUUUUGUGCCAUGCAAAGGUUCCUGAUAAAGUUAAGUUCUACAACAUCUAUGGGACCAACAAUGAGACGCCACAUAGUGUCUGUUAUGGAAGUCAGAAUGCACCCAUUUCUGAUCUUCAACAAUUACCAUUUAUCCAGUCUAACUACAUAUCGGUUGAUGGAGAUGGUACAGUACCAACAGAAUCUGCGAAGGCUGAUGGGCUUAAUGCAGAAGCUAGGGUUGGAAUCCCUGGGGAUCACAGAGGAAUCAUCUGUGACCGCCAUGUGUUUAGAGUGGUCAAGCACUGGUUAAGAGCAGAUCAUGAUCCUUAUUACAAUCCAAUCAACGAUUAUGUUAUCCUACCUACUGGAUUUGACAUUGAAAGGCACCAUCACGAGAAAGGCUUGGAUGUAACCUCUCUUAGAGAGGAAUGGGAAAUUGUUUCAGAAAGCCAGGAUGGCGAAGAGAAUGCAGCUAGCGGAAAGCCAAAGGUGGGUUCUAUAUCUGUCUCUCAUGUUGGAGGUGACAAAACUACAUGGGAAGAAGCCCACGCCACUGUCAUUGUCCACCCUAAAAGUGAAGGUAAGCAGCAUGUUGAGCUAAAUGCCAUGGCUGUCUCUGCAAGUGCUUGAAACUUAAUUUUACCACGAGGUUGAAGGGGCUCCUUUGUGGUGUAUCUCUCUGCCUGUUCUGGGGGCGAUUCGUUCUGUACAUACGAACUAGUUGUAUUCCUUAACUCUCAAGCAAUGAAGCGCUGAACAUAACCGUGUAUAUGUGUAUGUAUAUGUACAUAUUAAUAUAAUCAAGUAUGUACUGUGGAUCAGUCAAAUAAGUGACUUGGUUUCUUGCU